GACAAAUUCAAUUUAAAAUCCUUUUCAAUUUUUAUUUUGUUUCAAAUUUUUACUAUUUAUUUGAAGUAAACAUUGUAGAUUUAGGUUAAAUUUUGUCAAAUGUUGUUGAAAAAUGUCUGUCUUGUGUAGGGUAAAUAUCCUCUGAAUGUUUAACAACCAGAGUAAUAAUAUUUAUUUAUUUAUUUAUUUAUUUUACCACAAAACAUUCACAAAAUAAAAAAAAUAUGCAUUUUAAAGGAGAAUAGACAGAAGAAAACUUAUUUAUGCUUCUUUUUCUGAAGCAUUUUUUACCCAAUUUUAAAACAAUAAACAAAAAAAAAAAUAUUUAAAAACACAAUUGUAGAAUAUUUUCCAUUAAAACAUCAAAUAUGUCUGUGGUUCAGGGGUCAUGGAGGAGGGAAUUUUGGGACGAGCAGCUUUCCCUCCUCACAAUUGCAGUACUUUCACUGAUACCCCAGCCCUACCCCAUGAGCGGGGGUUAUUUUUGGUCAGCACAGUCACGGACCAACGCUGAGGCCUUGGGUUCAACUUGAACCUCACACCCGCCUCCCCCCCCUCUCAGCUCUCCGUGUCACACCGCCUGGCAUUAGUCCUGAGCUUACACUGGCAGAGGCAGAGGCUGCCUCACCCAACGGACCUGCAGCAGAAUCUGCCUCACAGACCCAACCAGAACCACAUCUGUGGGAGGGGGGAGACGCAGCAAACGGUGUUUUGGUGACCAUGACGGACACCGCUGCCGAGGAGGACAGGGACCCAGACAUUGAACUAUUCGUCAAGGCUGGGAGUGAUGGAGAGGUCAUCGGAAACUGUCCCUUUUCUCAACGCAUUUUCAUGAUUCUCUGGCUAAAAGGAGUAGUCUUCAACGUCACCACUGUUGACCUGAAGAGGAAACCUGAGGAUCUCCACAAAUUGGCCCCAGGGACAAACCCGCCAUUCCUGACGUUCCAGGGGGAAGUUCUCACUGAUGUCAACAAGAUAGAGGAAUACUUGGAGCAGAUGCUUGCUCCACCGAAGUAUCCCAAACUUGCACCAAUUAACCGUGAGUCCAACACAGCAGGGAUUGACAUCUUCUCCAAGUUUUCAGCAUACAUCAAAAACACGAGACCAGAUAAAAACAGAGCUCUGGAGCAGGCUCUGAACAAAGCUCUGACCAAGCUCGACGAGUACCUGAUGAGUCCGGUUCCUGAAGAAGUUCAGAAGGGGCGGCACCACGAGGGAACGUCCACUCGCAAAUACCUGGACGGAGAUGAGCUGACGCUCGCCGACUGCAACCUUCUUCCCAAACUUCAUGUCCUCAAGGUGGUGGCAAAGAAAUACAGAAAUUACGAUAUCCCGUCUGAUCUCAAAGGGGUUUGGCGUUACCUUGGCAAUGCCUGCGAACGAGACGAGUUCCUGAACACCUGUCCCGCUGACGAAGAAAUCGAGCUAGCCUACAAAGAUGUAGCCAAGAGGCUAGGAAAGUAAUUAACGCCACAGAAGCAAGCACAUCUGUACCUUUUUGUUUAUUCAUUUCUAAUAUUAGAAGUAAAUUACUGUUAAACUUAAUGUUUGUUGUACUUCUAAUGAACUAAAUAUGCUAAAGUGUGGUGUUGUCUUCUUGUUAAAGAAGUAAAAAAACAGCCAGUUUUAUUUUAAAUGAGCCCUGUUGCUGCAAUUGAUUUAUAGCUUUUUGAAAAUGUUAUUUUUAGGAAAAGAAAACCAUAUUAAUUUAAUCCAAAAAGCUUCAGCUGUAUGAAAGGUAUUGAUUAUUUUUUUAACAAAAAAAAAAUAAAACAAAAAAACCAGAGAAAUUAAGCUAACACUUUCAAUGCUUUAACGAGAAAAAGUCUAGCUAGCAACAUAAUCGAGUGUGAUUACUUUAGCAAAGUAUUCAUGCUUCAAACUAAGCAGUUUUAAAUCAUUUGUAAUAAGAAAUGAAAAAAAUAGUUGUAGUAGCUUGUGAAAACACGGUCAUGCUAAUUAGCUAGUUUGCUACAAUAACCCUAAACACCGGAGUUUUAGCUCCAGUGUUGAAGCUCUUUGAAUUAGCGUAACUCUUCAACCGUUUGUGCAAUUACAAUAACUCCCAAUGGACUCUAAAGCUGAGAAAAGUUCUUUUGAGUUGAUAUGCAACAGUACCCUAGUACAGCAUUUGGACGUAGAAAUAAGAAACUUCGCAAAAAUAUCCGACAUUUCAUGCUAGUACAGCAUUUACACAGUUAGCGUAAACCAACUGAUUCUGAUGUGGAGAAAAACAACUUUUUCGUUGAUAUGCGACACUUUAAGCUAGUACAGCAUUGACGCGAUUAACGUAAACCAACUGAUUUUAACGCACAGAAAAGCAACUUUGCGUAAAAAGGCGAAAAUUUAUGCUAGUACAAAUUUUACGCAGUUAACGCAAACCAACUGGUUCUGACGCAGAGAAAAGCAGUUUUUCGUUGAUAUGCGACACUUUUCGCAAGUACAGCAUUGACGCAAUUAGCGUAAACAAACUGAUUUUGACGCACAGAAAAGCAGCUUUGCGUAAAAAGGCGAAAAUUUACACUAGUACAAAUUUUACACAGUUAACGUAAACCAACUGGUUUGACGCAGAUAUGCGACACUUUAAGCUAGUAAAGCAUUGACGCGUUUAACGUAAACCAGCUGAUUCUGACACGAAGAAAAGCAUCUUUGCGUAAAUAUUUAACACUUUACUAAAGUGAAGUGUUUAUGCAAUCAAAGAAAUUCAGCAUAGGAAAUUAGCAUAAAUGACGCUGCGAGAACUUUAUUUUGUAAAGUUAGCAAACUUCAUGUUUAUUAACAUAAAAGGUUGGAGCUAAUUGUUUUUUCCAUCUCAAAAUCCAUUUGGAAUUUUGUUGAGUAAAUGUGGAAGAGUUACGAUAAGCUUAAAGAGUUAUGUGGCGUUGGCUUCAUAGUUAAAGGGUUAAACAGAAUAUUGCUAAAGCUGUUUUAGCUAACUGCGGUUUCAGUUAGCUAGCUAAGUUAAAGUGUGAAGUUGGCUUCAAAACACCUUGAUUUUUUAAUGGGUUUACUGAAUGUAAUAAAUCCAAAUCUGACCAGAACAUUAAUUUCAACAGUUUUAUUUUGUUAAAGGAUUAUAUUUAGCAGGAAAUGAGGUUUUUGCCACAUUAGCAUGUUCAUGUAAAAUGAUUAUUGAGUUAAUGCUAAAGAUUUGUUGUGAUUGAAGCUCACUUUUCUUUCAACUUUUGUUGUGCAUAAAGCUUGUUUUAUUUGCAAGAGUAACUAGGAGAGUGUUUUAGGAAGAACAAAUGUGUUUCAGCCAAAGCAGUGAAGAACUUUUGAAGAACAUUGACAUUGUUUACCUACCUUUGAGACGGGACAUUGAUUAUUGAUCAAAUCAAUUCAAUUGAUUAGUAUUGGAGAGUUAUUAAUUGUUUUUGUCUUUUUAAAGUCAUUAAUUAUUUUUAGUCCUUUUUUUAAAAAGGUCGGUUUGUUUUCCAGCAUAAAAGAAUCAAAUUAUUCCGUAAAAUAAGCAAUAAGAAAAAAAAGUUGAAAGCACAUAUCAAUGGUUGCAGAUUGCUGUAACUCGGUUGCAUGUCUGCUUAUCACGAGUGCCUUAAAGGGAAUGAAGCUGCCUUCUGCCCCCCCACUUUUAUCUUUGUACAGUAAAAACAUAAGAAGAAAAUGAAGCCUUUGUGUUCAGGGAUUUUAGUGUGUGGCAGGAAACUAAUCAGUCUGUAAAUCAUGAAUCGCUACAGUCAUACUUUGUUGAUUAGAACCAUGAAUUUGCUGUGUAUACUGUUGUCCAUAUAUGGAUUCAAAUAAAACUUUUUUUUUCUCAGA